AUGGAAUUCUCUGGCUGUGCUUCAGUGAGGAGAGCAAAUACAACUGUGUAUCACUACAGGGAGACAGAUUUCAACAGUUCCUCGACACUGGAUGAUGUCUCUUUGUUGUCUUUGCUGGAGGAAUGGGCUCUCAGUCCGCCAAGCGUAAACAUGAAGAUGUUUUUAAUCCCUCCAGUUGUCUGCCUUGUGGCAGGCGUCUUCAUCAUUCCUACUAUUUUGUUUGUGAUCUUCUCCAGGUUCAGCUUCCGUCAGGAAACAAGGUACCUGCUGCUGGGGAAUUCUCUGCUCUCUGAUCUGAUGUACCUGCUGUUCUACACCCUGUCAGCUGCUCUCAAUGCAGCACAUGUACACCUCCCAAAAGAAGCUUGUGUCCUGCUAUUAUUUCUGCUGGCAGCUGCUUGCUGCGGAGGGUUGUUCACAGCUGCUGCAAUCGUCCUGGACACGUACAUAGCUGUUCUGUUUCCCUUGCGCUACGUUGCUAUUUUGCCUCCUUCACGAACUAGGAAAGUCAUUGUGCUACUGUGGCUGUGCUCUGGGGCUUUCCCUGGCAUUUUCUUCUUGGUGCUGUGGAGUACUCACAGCUUUGUGUCCUGCGUCCUAGAAACGUGCUCAGUUCCAAUAAUACUAAUCUUAACUCUGAAAGGGACCGAUGCUGUGAAGCUCUGUUUCUGGCUUUCUACCGUGGUUAUCUUCCUCUGCCUGUCUCUAAUAUUUUGUUGCUAUGCUAUUCUGUAUUUUAAAACCAAACAGUCAGGUAUCUGGGAGAGCAUCUGCUCCAGAGCGACUGUAACGUUCUUAAUGCACAACAGUGCAUUGUUUUUUCACUUAUUUCCACCCUUGGCCCUUUUCAUAGAAUCAUUCUUGUGCUUUAAUGUCACCAGAUUGCAGACAGGAAUUUGGAUCUCCCUGACAGUCUGCAAUGUCCUGAUGAUUCUGCCUAAAGUUUUGUUCCCUUUUCUGUAUGGGCUUCGAUACAGAGAGCUCUCAGCAUCUCUCAAAUCCAUUGUCAGAAGGAAGCAGCUCCGCCUGGCGUCACCUGUUUCAUCACUGUCCUGA